AUGCCCCCCCAUGGCCCCCCAUGCCCCCCCAUGGGACCCCAUGCCCCCCCAUGCCCCCCCAUUCCCCACCAUUCCCCCCCAUUCCCCCCCAUUCCCCCCCAUUCCCCCCCAUUCCCCCCCAUUCCCCCCCAUUCCCUCCCAUUCCCCCCCAUUCCCCCCCAUUCCCCCCCAUUCCCCCCCAUUCCCCCCCAUUCCCUCCCAUUCCCCCCCAUUCCCCCCCAUUCCCCCCCAUUCCCCCCAUUCCCCCCAUUCCCCCCAUUCCCCCCAUUCCCCCCCAUGCCCCCCCAUGCCCCCCCAUGCCCCCCCAUGCCCCCCCAUUCCCUCCCAUUCCCCCCCAUUCCCCCCCAUUCCCCCCCAUUCCCCCCCAUUCCCCCCCAUUCCCCCCCAUUCCCCCCCAUGCCCCCCCAUGCCCCCCCAUUCCCUCCCAUUCCCCCCCAUGCCCACGCACACCCCUGGCAGGUGGCGGUGGACGAGGCAGCAGUGCACGAGGACUCGUUCAGAGUGCCCUUCGACUACACCCUCUAUGACGCCGUGCCGCCCGCCAUGCAGGCGGAGGUGGAGGCGUAUCUGCAGCGGCGGGGCGUGGGGGCACAGCUGGCGCGGUACGGGCGCCACCUGCUGCUGCACCGCGAGGUCACCCAGGCCACCGCCUGGCUCUCCUCCCUCCACUCAUUCCUCUCCACGCCCGCUGCGACCAGCAGGAGAGUUGGGCAUGUGAAGAGAGGAGGGUGGAGGGGGAAAGCAGGUGGUGUGAGAGGGGGUGCGCGCAGUGGAAGGGUGUCCAAUGCUGCCCGGUGGAGCUGA